AAUUUUACAAUGAUAUUUGAUACAGCUUUAUCAUCAAAAGUACUAUAGUGAUUAAGGUUCGAGAAGCUAAUUAUCCUGAUUGAUUAGGAUUGUGUACAGAUGCAGUUUUUAAUUACAAUAAUUUUUGUUUAAAAUGAUGGAUUAUUGGGAAUUCAAUUAAGAGAAUUUGUUAUCAGAAAUCAUUAAUUCAUAAAAAUAAGGAGGUAUAGGAAAUUUCAAGGUAUAUAUCAUAUUGGUCUAUUAGGAGUAAUUAAUCCUAACAGACUCAAUAACUAAAAAUGAAGUUAAAAUUAAUUACAUUAAAAAACUGGCAUAAACUAGUGAAAUUACUAAAGUGGUAUUAUUAAAAGGGAU